UUGGCUCGCGAGUGUGUCCUCCCGCGCGGGUGGACCCUCCGGUGAGCCGGCCACAGGUCGCUUGCAGCCUUCGAAGCGUCCCCUGGCGCCAUGGAGAAGGGCCCGGUACCAGCGGAGAAGCCGCGGGGCACCCGGUGCACCAAUGGGUUCCCCGAGCGGGACUCGUCGUCGCGGCCGGUGGACAAGCGCCCGCGGCCCGAGGCCAAGAGCGCGCCGCCGGCGGACGGCUGGAAGGAAGGCCGGCCCCGCAGCGAGGAGGACAACGAGCUGAACCUCCCCAACCUGGCGGCCGCCUACUCGUCCAUCCUGCGCUCGCUGGGCGAGGACCCGCAGCGGCAGGGGCUGCUCAAGACGCCCUGGAGGGCGGCCACCGCCAUGCAGUUCUUUACCAAGGGCUACCAAGAGACCAUCUCAGAUGUCUUGAAUGAUGCCAUAUUUGAUGAAGAUCAUGAUGAGAUGGUUAUUGUGAAGGACAUAGACAUGUUUUCCAUGUGUGAACAUCAUCUCGUUCCAUUUAUUGGAAGGGUCCAUAUCGGUUAUCUUCCAAACAAGCAAGUCCUUGGCCUCAGCAAACUUGCCAGGAUUGUAGAAAUCUACAGUAGAAGACUACAAGUUCAAGAGCGCCUCACAAAACAGAUCGCCAUUGCAAUCACAGAAGCCUUGCGACCUGCUGGAGUCGGGGUAGUGAUCGAAGCCACACACAUGUGUAUGGUCAUGCGAGGGGUACAGAAAAUGAACAGCAAAACUGUUACCAGCACCAUGCUGGGUGUGUUCCGGGAAGACCCGAAGACUCGGGAAGAGUUCCUCACCCUGAUCAGGAGCUAACUCAGUGCACAGCGUGGUGCGCAGCUCCUACUGCCCGUGCAUGGUCUGGCGUCAUCGUGCAUCCCGUUUCCAGUUGGUACAGAUGUGGACUUUAUCCCUCGCCGCUAAUCGUAUUUAAGAAUUAUUUAUAGAUAGUCAAAUAAAAAGAAUUAAACAAGGGAUGAACCCUUUCUUCUUGCCACCUUUUCAGUGGCAACGUUCAAGUGAAGUGCCAACAGUGUGAGCUGUAUGCUCCGACCACUGACAUUCAGGUAGCCUGAGGGAGGGCAGGAGGAGAGUCCAUGGGGUUGGUUGAAGUCGCAGGGAAUCCAACUCGUUAGCGCCCUGGCCACCAUUCUGCCUUUUCCGCCUCCAGUGGAAAUGGUAGGAUGUUAAAAGUGCCAGUAACGAUUUACAUACGGGGUGCAUGGCUCUAUGAACUCAGUCACACAGGCUCCUCUCUGCUGGGCUCAUGUCGAUUACACCAUCAGUGGCAUUUUGGUUUUGAUAUAUUAACUAUCCAACUCUAAGGUUCAUCUCCCUGGGGAGGUGGUGAAGCAUGCGUUUUUAAUUUUACUGUGAGUUGUGGGAAAAAAAAAAGGCACAUUCUUCUUUUGAGUGCAGGGAAUUUGUUCCUGGAGUUGUUUAUGACUUUGUUCUCAUUUCAACAUACAGGGAUUUAGACAUUUAACUCUCUGUGCCUUGAUGAGACUAUCACACCAUGUAGAGUGUAGAUGCCUUUGAAUUUUUUUUUAAAAACAAAUCAAAACAUUACUUUAUGUCUUAAUGUUCACUGCAACAACCAGUCAUCACGGUUUCCCCUUUAGAAGUUUCUUGUCAGUGUACUUGACAUGUUCCAAUGCCUCAAAGCAUUUAAAACAAGUCUUACAAGACAUUUUUCAAAGUGUCGCAAAAGGCGUGAGAGUGGCCGGGCCGUCUAAGGUGCAAGACUCUUAGGCAUUUCCAGUGUUUCGUAAGCGUGCUCUUGCCUUUGCAGGCUGCACAGCCCUGGCUUUCGCGGACCCAAAGGAGCACAGGGCACGCUGGCAGCGGCCUGCGUCAGUGCUGUGCCCACCGCUUUGGUCAAGCUCCGCUGUGGAAAUGCACUGGGGCUCUGGUUUUCUCCCUUCAGGUCCACGUGGGUUUUGUCUUCAGUGUAAGUCUGUUCAGGUGGUAUGUUUUAGUCCAGGAAACUUGCCUUAUUACUAUUUAUCUUAAAAUUUCCUCCACUGGGGCAGUGUGGGCCAAGUUAAAACAAAAUACCCGAACUCCCUUGCAAAAACCCAAACUCGGUUAUUUCACUAAGAAGUUUCUCACUUGAUUGACAUGCCUUUAUCUCAUCCCCUAGCUUGCUUUACCAGUGACAGCGUACCUCUGUCGCCUAGAUUCUUGUCAGCUUAUGAUGAAGCAAGAUGGCAGAGGUGGGGUUUUUGCUUGUUGUUUUAAAAUCUAGUACUUUCCCCUGGCACCUUCUAUAUUUAGGGUUUCUAAAGUACAGUGGUGGUUGAGUUUUAGUUCCUUAUAAAAUCCAGCCUGGUAGGAACAUUAGUCUGUUUACUAUUUGGACACCUGUAGGCAGAAUUCUAAGCACUCAGUUCAUGUUUAGUAUUUUAAAGUAAAAACAAGUGUGACUUGGAGAACCAAAGAAACUGUUAGCUGUACCUCUGUCUCUGUGGGGAUGUUCCCUAGAAGUGGUCUUAAAAUGUUUGAUGUAUCCUCAGCUGUUGUAGCUUUGUACCUGUGAAGUAACACUCUUGUCUAUUUCACUCUGGUCUGUAGUGCUUUAAAAUUACCGUUUCAUAUCCAUGACACCAAGUCCAUGGAGGGGGGGGAUUUUAAAUAAUUGAUGCUCUUAAAAUAUACUGUUCAAUUACAUUGUUUGAAUUUUCUGUGUGUGUGUGUGUGUUCUGGAAGUUGGUUCUAUUUAAAUUAUUAAAGUGUGAUAAUUUUG